AUGGAUGGUUUGUACCUGAAAAUAACACAAGAAUUUACCCCUGACCCAAAAGAAGCGAGGUUCGGUGGGAAAGAAGCACCGAUGGCGGUUGAAAAAGGUGAUAUUAUUUUCGACGUUCGCAAGCUCGGGGAUGGAUGGUUGUGUGGGAAGAAUAUAAACAGCGGAAAAACAGGAAAAUUCCCCGAAAAUUGCGCGGCCAAACUUUCGGGAAGUAAGAAUGGAAACCCUGAAUCCGACAAGAAAGAUGAAAAACCUGCUGAAAAGAAAGACUCAAGCAAGCCCUCGUGGCUUCAAACACGAGCGAGUUCCAACACACCUUCUGCCAAGAAAACGCCUGAAUAUCCUAAACCUUUCGCCGGAAAUAUCAGGAGGUCGAGAUUGAAUGACAAAGAAGAGAAAAAGGAAACUUCGGGAGAUUCUGGAGUUGUAGAAGAUUCACCUGAAGGAAAUUAUGACAACGCUCCCGAUGAACCAAAACCAGCGAACCGCGACGCGUUGAAAACCGGAAACAAUGUCAAGGACGAUAAACAGAAGGAACCGAGAUCCCUGGCGACAAAUCUUCAGACAGAUCACAAACAGAAGCCAGAAGCAGCCAAAAGGAGUGACCCAGUGAAAGAAGCGAAAGAACCAGUGAAGGCUGCAGGUAGAACUUUUGGAUUAAGUUUGAGGAAAACUCGUGACGCUUUGAAACCGACGGAAUCGGAAACGAAGGCAACUCCGAGUACAGGAACGAAUGCGAGAAAUUUCCCGCGUUCGACCCCCGCUCCACAGAAGGCUUCACAGGAGGAUUUAGAAGAAAAUUACGAACCUGUUGAACAGAAAAGCGAAGAGAAAGGGCCAUUGCUGUCUAAGGUAACAACUAAAGCCAGUCAACCGAAGAAGGAAGCGAAAGCAGCUGACGUUAAGGCGGCAAGAAUUAACCCGAUCGAUAACCCGAAGAAAGAAAGCGAGAAAAAUCAAUCAAACGUGACCACUACUGUCGCUGCUGGGGGCACCGGAGUGAAUAUUCAAGAAAACCCUCUCGGGAAAGACGAAGGCAGUAUUUAUCAGGUUCCUGGUGUCGCUGGCCCGCCAAAACCGAAGCGAAGUUUUCCGUCAGGUUGCUCCGAGUGUAACGAACCUCACAUCUACGAUACACCGAUGCAUUACCAAACGCCACCCGGGUCUCCGACCGCGGCUGACAAACGAGAUGGGCGCGAAGCAAAGAUCGAGAAACCGAAAGAGGCGAAACGAAAAAGCGGCUCGACAAGUCUGAAGCCAACAUCAUCAGUGAUUAAGAAAACCAAGGAACACAUAAAACACCGCAUGGCUUCGUACGAGGACAUUGAGUUAGAAGGUAGACGUUCGCAAGAGAGUUUGAAAGACGCCGAGCACACUGCUAAGCGAGAGAAAGAGAAGCUUCUCACACCGAAGAAGCGACCCAGGUUGCGCAUUUUACUCGGCAUACUUUUAGGUUCACUACUGGGUGUGUUCCUUUUCCUAGCGCUAUAUCUCCUGGCCAAACUGCACGUUCUCUUAUGCGCCAUUUCCGCUCUGAUAAUCAGCAUUGUUGUGGCUACAGUGUUCGGGUUCCUCGACAAAACUCGAUUGCAGUGCAUCGUUCUUCUCAUUUUCCCGAGCUUGUUUGCUGCAGGCGGAAAAAUUGCGUUGUGGUUGCUGAUCACGUAUUUCAUAAUAUCAGGCCCGGUUUGCAAUUUUAUUAACAACGUACGAAUUGUUGCUGUUAGUAGAGAAUGCUUAAUGAAAAGUGACAGUUUAGCAGACAAUAGCAGCAUUGAUCCGCCUGGAUUUGUCGCCGUGAAUAACAACAAUCGAGCCGUUGUACAGCGAUUGCGGACCUACGAGAACCUCUCCCACUCACUUCUGAGUUACAUUAACAACUCUUUGGCGUUUUCAUCAUCUGAUCGGAAUGAUUAUUUAUCUGGACACGACAAUUCGUCAUCUGGGAUCAUUUGCAUGAACGCUUUUCAACGUGCCCACAACAUCUGCUCUUUCGAGAUCAACAGUAUUUAUGAAGAAUGCAACAAAACACUCGCCUCGCUGACAAAAUGCGAGUUCAUCACUGCAAAGAACGCGUGCGAUCACUUAUCAAACACUUACACGAGAAAUACGUGUGACAACAUAAACACUGUUAAUAUCGACACCUUGUUACAUAUUAAGAAAAUAGUAGAACAAAGCCCCGAGAAAAUCAAAACAAAAGAUGAUGUCACUGCUGUUACACCAGGAGAACUUUGUCAAUUUAUCCGGAUUGUCGAGAUACUUUUGCCAUUACUAUUAUUGGUUUUAUUUUACGAAGCGUACAGGUAUCACAAGCUCUAUCUCUCUUGCAAUGAAUUUGAUAAUCACUACCUCACGCUUCGGUUCAAAUCCAUCGAAGACAUGCGCAAGUCGAGCGGCGCCGUUGACUUACUGGUACCGCUGAAGAAGGCUGAGCUUGAAAAGUUUGUUCAGCCCACUGCUUGCCGGCUGGCAAAGUCUGAGAAGAAAAACGUGCUGAAAUACCUGCUAAUUUACCUGAUUUACUUGCUGUUUGCGCUGAUGUUCAUUUUACUAGAUCAUUUCUUCUAUGUUGUAAUCACUAACCGGGAACCACAGUCCAAUACAGCUGAAGAGUGUCAUGCAAAACUGAAGAGUCCUCAAGAGUUUUACACCAUCACUUUGUCAACUCUACUUGGAGUGUUACUGCUGAUUAUAUUGCUUCAACCGUUCCCGCUUCGCUUGCGUCGCUUGAUCUCUUCGCGAUUCUACCCUAGAAGAGAGAAAAAACGCAUUGCCUAUCUGUAUUACAAACUCCUCGAAAAGCGCAAGACGUUUUACAAAUCUGUCAUUGAGAACAUGAAUAACUUUUCAGAGGAAACUGAAAUUCUUAAUAGACUUGAUGCAGUUUUGGUUCUCUGCAACAAUUUUAGCUGGUUAAAAACAGUGCUGGAGUUCGUAGGAGUGAACAUUCGCCGAUGCGCUGUUUGCGGAGCAGGAGUAAAUAGGAAGUAUAUUUUCUGUGAUACUGAGGACUGUGACGUCAUCUACUGCCGAACGUGUUUCUGGGACCUGGAAAAUAAGUGUCUAGGUUGUAUGAGUAGUAGCAAGAUGACGUCACGAUCGUCGAGUUUGAGUGGUCAAUCACAAAGGAAAAAGAAUGAUUACGUUAAACCUGUGUAAAGCUUAAUGAGUAGCCAAAGACAUUUGCAGAUAUUAAUUUUGAUCAAGUCGAUAUAAUAUAAUUAUUCCAAGGAGAAACUGCAACUUACUUGCCAAGAUUUAAUCGAGCCAAAACUCAACAUGGCAUGGCACUCGUGCAUUAAAGAAGUUUUAUUGAAUAUUUAAGAGACGCAGAAACGCUUUUGUGUCCGUCCUAAAAGCAGAGUCGUCGAAAGCAACCUCUGAGAGAAACCUUGUUUUUAUUCCACUGUUAUUUAAUGGUAGAGUUAUAACCGUAAACUGAAAUCAUCAAUUAAGUCUCGUUUCGUUACGUUGAAAUUCACUGAGAACAGUCGAACUCUGAAUAUCUGGACUAUUCGGGUCUGGAAUAAAAUUGACGAGAUGAUAAGAAAUGUGAAUUGUAAUACUUAAAUGUCUGACUUAGACGGAAAUAAAACUGAAGGAAUUUAAGCAUGAGCAAAAUGUUGUCUUCUUCAAUGUUUAGUGUCUACUUCAUCACUUUUAGGCUACUAUGUUCACACUAUAACCAGGUUUCGUACAGAGUCUUAAAUUCUUAAAAAAGUCUUGAAAUUUGUCCAGCUAUUUUCCGGACCUGGAAAAAGUCUUGGACUAGAGUUAAAGCCUUGAAAAAAUGAAAAAAAAGUCUUGAGUUUUUUUGAAAAGGUAAUAAGUGCUUUAUAAGUGAAUUUUUUUGUCGUUUUUGUCAAAUCUUAUUCAAUCUCGCCCGUAUGUCAACACCUCACCACGAAAAAAGCUUUGUUCCUGCUUUCUUUGAGUCUCUAUUGAUUAGAUAAAAAGGGGAGGAGGCGGCCCUUCGGCGGCUCUUAGUUUGGUCUAAAAAUAAGAGGGGGCCUGGGCACCUCCCCUGGAUCCGCCACUGGUUUCAUAGAUCCUUACGAUAUUUUCAGACCCUUUUCCUCUCAGAGCGAAUGACUGAGUCUUGUACGACGUGUGAACGAAAUCCUUUAUUUGAGUGUGAAUGUAUUUAACACGGGAGUCUGGAGACGCGACCGCCAUUUUACGUGGUCAUCCGAGCCAAAAAUAAAACAUGGUAGUUCUUACGUUUAGUCUGUGGAUGAAAUCCAUUGGUGUGAUGACCAUUCCGAUGAAACCUCCUUGGCACUCUUUUGACAUGGUGUUAUUUGUUUUUCAACAUUUUUUACAAAGUGAAAUUUGAGUAGUUUUCUUGCUGUUGCAGACGCCGGUGCAAAAAAUUUAAAAGACACCGAACAAUACGUUAACGGUCGUAGACGAUGACACAAAAGCCGGGGAAAUAGUUGUUUACUCACCACGUCCCUUCGCAGGUAAUUCUCAAAGACCUGUAUAAUAACCUAUACAGCGAAACUCAGUGAAGUGCUUGAGUCUCAGGAACCGUUCCUUUACCGUUUCUUUCCAGGAGCCCACGUGAGAGCGGCGGAAAUGAGCCUACAGGUAAUUUUGUUAUUUGAAAGGGUCUUCAAUAACCCAAAUCAGUCUUGUUUUCUGAUUAUUUGUUAAAUGCUACAAAAGGAUAUUAUGAGUAGGUAUUUGAAAGGGUGCAUAAAAGUGGUAUCUCCAGAUCUCUCUCUUUCCCUGGAAAUAACAAAUCGAGUUGACCCUGUGGACGAGGCACCUCCUAAUCCCGGGCCCGCGAUACAGACCAGCGUCACCUAAAAAUGGCGGACGCCGAAGCUUUCCAAGACCGUGAAAAUCUUAUCAGUCUUUCUGCUUGUUAUGGUAAGGUGUACGCCUGGGAUGUAGAUGAUGUAAUCAAGAUGCGUUCACAGUAUCGCAUAGUUGGCUCUCUGAUAGGAUCGCUACCUCGCAAACCGAGACAAAACAAUGCUUUCUCUUUGCNUCUUAUCAGUCUUUCUGCUUGUUAUGGUAAGGUGUACGCCUGGGAUGUAGAUGAUGUAAUCAAGAUGCGUUCACAGUAUCGCAUAGUUGGCUCUCUGAUAGGAUCGCUACCUCGCAAACCGAGACAAAACAAUGCUUUCUCUUUGCCGCUUCUUCUUUCUCGAGAGGAAACCACGUUGCUGCUAGACAAAGGUUUCGCCAGAAUCUUUUACAUGCCAAGAAACCUACCGAAACCAUCAAGUGAAUUGGUUGGGAAGUUUAAUGAGCUACGCAAAGAAAGUGUCAUCAAGCAAAAUGAGCAGUUUAAAAGGAUGCAUGAAGAGAAGAGAAAGGAACUGGCUGAUGUAAUAGCUGAUGGCAAGAAAAGAAAACGAGAAAAGCUUGCUAGUAUUGCGGCAAAGAAGUUGCAAGAUCAAAGUAAUGAAAAUCAGUUCAAUUUUACUUGUAAUGAAAGCAAUGUGUUUGAACAAAAUGAUGAAGGAAAGGAGAAAAGCAAGCGAAAGAGUGGAGAGGUUACAGUUGAUUACAAAGAUACCAAUCUUGCAAAAAAGCUAAAAAGCGAAGAAUUGAACAAUGAGAGUUUUGAAGCCAAGGAAACUAGUGAGAAGAAAGACUUAAAUCAGUCAAAUGAAUAUUGUAAAAAAAUCAGUAAUGAAAAUGUCAAAGAAAGCUAUGAGGGGUUGGGUAGCAAUUCUAUCACAAAAGAAGCUAAUGAAACAAACCUGAUCAAUGCAAAUGCUGAUCAAGAGAACCAUGGAAAUAAACUUGUGAAUGAGACUGGACUACAAACUACAAGUGAUUCAGAUACUAGUGUCAAAGGACUAAACAGUGUUUGUGACAUGGGAGUAUUGGUACAUAUUCCUACGGUUAUGCCGCAAUUGCUGCCUUCAUUUCCACUUGCAGACUGGACAUAUCCUCAAACAAGUUGCGAAAAGCUACGUUACCAGGUGUUUGUAGACCUCUGGGAGAAGGGAUAUUAUUUAACGUCUGGGGUUAAUUUUGGAGGAGAUUUUCUGGCAUAUCCCGGUGAUCCCAUUAGGUAUCACUCCUUUUUCAUUGUAAUUAUUGUUCCCUGGGGGAAGAAAAUUACACCAUUUGAGAUCAUAUCAGCUGGCAGACUGGGUGCUAGUGUAAAGAAAACUGCACUUCUUUGCUCAGUAAGUGAUGAAACUGGCCAAGUUAUAUACACAUCAGUCAAGUGGAGUGGAAUAAGCUGA